UGCAACAUCUUGUCCAGACACAUGUCCUCGUCGCUCCCCGCCUAACGCAAACUCAUUCUACGAAAAACAGACAUUAAGAUGAACUUGAGGCUUCUUCUGACAACGUGCUGUGCUUUGACUACCUGUGGCGUCCAUGCUUGCCCACACUUGUGCUCCUGCUCCUUUUCGCCCUCGGGUGCUGAGGUGGAGUGCAGCGACACCUCCAUGACAUCCUUCCCUGUGGACGCUUUGCCUCCCAACAGCACUCGCUUAUCCAUCCAGUCCACCCAGCUCAGCACCAUCAAAUCGGCUCAUCUAAGUGCAGUGCCCCUUCUAAGGACGCUCCAGCUGUAUCACAACAAACUGGAGAAGCUUCCUUGGGAUCUCCUGACGAAUGCUUCCCAGCUGACCACUUUGGAUCUCACAGGUAACCAUCUUGUACGCUUACCUGCAAAGAUCUUCAAGCAGAAGUCACUGCGCAAGCUGCUCCUUAAAGACAACCUCCUUGAAGAAGCAGAUGCUGACUGGUUCGUGGAUAACAGCAGCCUGAUUCUGCUUGACAUAUCAGGGAAUCAUUUAUCCCACAUCCCGUCUGCUUUUCUCCACAAGCUGAAACACCUACAACAUCUAGACUUGAGUCACAACAACCUUGAAGAACUCCAAGCAGGAGCCUUGAAGAACCUCCAUCACCUUGACACUCUUAACCUCGCAAGGAACAAACUAAGCGCCCUGAAUCCAUCGCUUUUCAACCACACUCGGAAGCUCUCACGACUGUUCCUGCAGGAGAAUCAUCUCAGAGAGCUUCAGCCGACCCUCCUUUUGGGUCUGCAGCGCCUUCAGAUGCUUCUUCUCAACCAGAACCAGCUGCAACAUCUCCCCCAAGGCCUGCUGGAUGGCAGGAACUCUACUUUCCAGAUGGUUCUGACGGGAAACCCGUGGCAGUGCGAUGAGAAGAUGGAGUAUCUGUGGAGGUGGCUCAACGACCACCCUCACAAUGUCUUCUUUUUGGACGAGGUCACCUGCGCUGGCCCCGAAACGCUUAAAAACAGACCGGUGGUGUCCUUAACGGAACAAGAACUUGGUCUUGCCAGAAAUGAUGAUUUUGUAAAAGACGAAUUGCCUCACUUUUUGGAAAAAUAAAAUCAAGCAUAUAAUCAAAGCACAAUGCAAAUACAUCCCCUAGCGGCUUUGUGCUGUCUCGAAAUGCAGCAAAACGUUUUAUUUAUCCAAAAGGUUAGUUUCCGACAUUUGCAUUGUCAUACAUGUCAUGUCAAAGUGUAACUAUAUUGUCAAUAUGCUCUUAUAUGCGCUUCAAAUUGAAGGUCUUGAUGAGGGCUUUCCAGAUCUGUCACUAUAUUGCCGAUAUGUGUUCAUAUGAUGACGUAAUAACCACAAACAUGAUCAACGCAAAAGCGACUAGGUCAAAAAUAGCAACAAGCCAUAUUGAGUCACAUCUCAAAUUAAAGGUCUUGAUGAGGGCUUUCCAGAUCUGGAACUAUAUUGUCAAUAUGCGUUCGUAUGAUGACAAAAUAACAAAAAAUUGUCAGAGCAAAAGCGACUUGGUCAAAAAUGACAAAAACCCAUAUUGAGUGAUAUCUCAAACUGAAGGUCUUGAUGAGGGCUUUCCAGAUCUGUCACCAUAUUGUCAAUAUGUGCUCAUACGAUGAAGUAAUAACCACAACAGUCAUCAGAGCAAAAGCAACUAGUUCAAAAACUGCAACAAGCCAUAUUAAUAAUAAUGGAUUAGAUAUAGCGUUUGUCAAGGCACCCAGAGCGCUUCACAAUGAAGUGAUCCCAUUAUUCAUUCACUCCUCAGUCACACACUGGUGUGUGGUAAACUACAUCUAUAGGCACAGCUUCCCUUCCCUGCGGCAUCUCCGACCACCAUCGGACAUUCAUACACUAAACUAGUGUGAAGGCAAGGAUCCAACCGUCAACCUUCCGAUUUAUGGAUGACCUGCUCUACCUCCUGAGCCACUGCCACCCCGUAUUGAGUUUUUUUCUCAAAUUAAAAAGGUCUUGACGAGGGCUUUCCAGAAAGAGAAUCAGAAAAAUGUAGGUAUUCUUUAGACAACCAGUCAAAUUAGUAAAUGUUUGCACCCCAACUGAAAAUUGCUAGUUUGUCAUAAAUUGUGACAAAAUGCAAGAUGAAAUGCCAAAGAAAGAAAUGAAGGACUAUAAUCUUGGUUGAUGCAUCACAACAUGUAACAAUUUCCAGCUAGCAUACACAAAUAUGACCCCUUGUGGCUGAGAGAAUAAUAAAUAAAUGGGGAGCCAAUGCCUUACAUUUAACACAUGCUUUAUAAUGGUGACAGGUUGACCUCGCAAUGAAUUAUUACAUUUAUUUCUUAUGGGAGUAAUUGUCUAAAUGCUGUCAGAAAUGAAGAAAAAAAUUGUGGUGUUUUUGUCUUUUUUUUUAUGGUUUUAAGGAAAUCAGACAGACCCUCCUCCCAGUUUCUCCUGCUUGCAGCAUUGUGUGUCCUGAUGUUUUUAAUGAGUGUGUGGGAGCGUGUGUGUGGGCUGGAGCAGUGGCUGCAUCUUCCAGCUGACCUCUUCAAGACUGUGUGGUUUGCUUUUUUUGCUGCUCUCUAACAAUAUGCAUCCAGUCUUCCCAUCAUCUCCCAAGAAUUGAUCACAGGAUCAAUUCAUAAAUCUUAAGUACAUAAAACCGCCUCACUUAUGAAAAUGAAACUCAUCAGUGAAAGAGCGUUUGAUGUAGAGCACAGUGAGUGCUAAAGGUUGAUGAAGGUGCUUGGAGGAGGUGUUCAUAAAGCAAACAUGCACACUCUCCUCUAGUAAGGCUGUGGCAGGGCAGGCAAU